GGUAGCGAUUGCCUAGGCAGCUUGUAGUUAGCGUCACGGAUCAUACGCUGCCUAUAUAUACACACACCCGCAAGAACGAGUAAAGUGUUCCAGAAUUGAGGGAAUUGAAUUGAAGGCUUGAUCAGGGUGCAGGGGAUUCAUAUCGGGUAUAUAAUGAGAGACAGAAUGGAGAGACUAGUGAUUCUUCCUUUCUCUGCGGGGUGCAUGUCGGAGGCCAGCGUCGCGGUAGGUGUUCCACAGCCAAGAAAAUGGAGGUCCUUCACCAACUUAUCCCCGGCUGAAAUGAGAUGUAAAGGGGAGGAGUGCGAGAGCGAGGAAGGCAGCAAGAACUCCAAGGCCAACACGUCCACGGGACUAAAUAAGCUGGUGAAGGGUUUCAAGAACUUGUCUCAAAUUUUUGGAGAGAAAGAGGAUGAGCUGGAGGAGGAGGAUGAAAGGGAGAUGCAAAUCGGGGGUCCAACAGAUGUACAGCACGUGACCCACAUCGGUUGGGAUGGCCAUGCUGUGACUACAAAUCCCGUGAGCGGAUGGGACCUGCUCGCUCUCUCCCUCCACCGCUACCACCCCCGUUCCCUUCCUCAAUGAUUCCAUUCCCUCUAUUUUUUCAUGCAUGUUCCCCUGCUUAUUUGCUUUCUUCUUCUAUUUCAACAUUAAUUUUAUUCCCA